AGAGACAUGAUGGCCAUUUCCAGGAGCAGCAUGGAGCCAGGGCAGGUAGGGAGCCUGCCUUGGCCACGCUGCACCACCAGACUUUUAGUAGCCUAAAAUCUCCCGGUUUGGCUCCAGUGGCCUCUGGGAGAUACAGCCUGAUUCUGGGAGACUCCCAAAGAAACCGGGAGGGUUGGCAACUCUGGAGUUGUGGAAGAGCAGAAGGAGCUCAUUUCCAGGGUGGCUUUAGAGGAGCAUCUGUGCUUGCGGCUGCAGGUUUUCAGGUUUAAUUUAGUACUUACUUGUAUUACAGAAGCAGCCCUCCACGAUCAGGCCCUCGGUCUGUUGGGCACUGAAUGUGCACACAAAAUGAGCCCUGAAGAGCCUACACUCUAAAUAGACAUGGGUGGAAAAAAGGAGAGAGCAUCAUCCCCAUUUGACAGACAGGGAACUGGCACUGAGAGGGAUUAAAUGAUUUACCUAAGGUCACACAGCAGGUCAGUAGCAGAGAUCUGCUCAGGCCUAAUUUUUAGGCUCAACCCAGACAGGGUUUUCCAACACAGCUCCCCUCUCCCCCACUCCAUCCCCUAACCUUGAGUCAGCAUCACCAUUUCCUGUACAUGGGCUUCUCUCUCCUUCUCCUGCCAGAGCUGGCACAGGCUCCUGCCAUCUGUAGCCCCUGGUGUGGUGAAUGUUCUGUGCAAUGACUCUGCAGCUGGCACACCCACUCUGGAGUGCAGCAUAAUGAGGUGCCAGCUGCCAGGGUGCACAGAUGCCCCCACAGGUGCAUGGAGAAGAGCCAACCUGACCCAACCUGAGCCCAAGAGGAUCCUACUGUUUCCCCAACUGAACCUUGUAGUAGGAUCCCAUCAGGUUGGAGGCAGGUUGCCGGGCUCUAGAACCCAGUUCUUCUGAGUGUGCGGCCAGUGCCUUAACCUCAAGGCCAUCCUUCCCAGACCAACCUAUGCUGGCAUCCAAGCACUUUUCAUCUCACUUCCAUGGCUCUGAAUCAGGAUCCAUUCCACUGAAGUCAGGGCCUGAUCGCCAGCUCACUGGCAGCAGUGAACUGUAGAUCGCUGAGGGUGCAAAACUGUAGAUUAUUGAGGGUGGUCACAUGUGGAGGAACAGAACCAGAGGCCGGUGUCUGAAAACCUGGCCCUAAAUGGCCAAGUCUAAAGUCUGGCAGGGUUUGACACCUCUGGGCUGUACAGAGGCGUGAGCCAUGGAUGAAUUUUUAAGAAAGAUGAAUUCAGACUGGAAGAGGUGCAGAGAAGGGCUACAGGAUGGUCAGAGGAAUGGAGAACCUACUUUAUGAGAGAAGACUCAAAGAGCUUGGCUUGUUUAGCCUAACCAAAUGAAGGCUGAGGGGAGAUAUGAUUGCUCUCUAUAAAUACACCAGAGGAAUAAACACCAGAGAGUGAGAGAAGUUAUUUAAGUUAUAAACCAAUGUGGACACAAGAACAAAUGGCUAUAAAUUGUUCAUCAACAAGUUUAGACUCAAAAUUAGAUGAAGUUCUGAAACAGAAUCCCAAGGGGACCAGUGGGGGGUAAAAAAUUUAACUGGCUUCAAGAUUGAACUUGUCAUUAUCCAGGGAGCGGAUACACGGAGCCCUAUGGGGAGUUCUAAUGGGCCGAUUCAAUUUCAGCUGGAUGACGCCACUUAGCCAAGGCAUUAAGAGCUCCAGCUCCGGGAAGGCGAACGACAGAGGGAGCGAACAGGGGGUCGGAGCGAGCAAGCGAGCUUGUACUAAGGAGCAGCAAACCCCUCCCCUCUCACCCAUUCACAAGACGAGCGCGGCGGAGAGCUGCAUUCACAAAUCGCCAGCCGGCAGCCUCAGCCCCCCCGCUGCCCAGAGCCACCCCCCACCAGCACCUACCUGACUAGCCCCCGCAGCCUUGCCCAGCUCACGCUGGCUCCCCGCACCGCCCAGCAGGCUGUAGCCGGAGAACGGGCCGGAUCUGGGCAGGGAACCUGGGCGUCCGGGCUGCUCGCUGUAGCGACGGAUCUCGCCAGCCCAUAGCCGCGCAAACACAGACCCCGAGCUCAGGUCAGCGCAGGGAGAGGCGGCAGGAGCGGGGCUUGCCCUGGCUCUGAGGAGGACCGAGAAGGAGUUUUCAUUCAGACUUGCUCCAGCGCCAGGCGGGCCGGGAGCGUGCAGGGCUCUGGCCCCAGCUGGGAAGGUGCCGUUAGCUGCAUGGACCUGCACUGGCCUCGAGGCCAUACCCAGGUCCAGAAAUGCUGUCAUCAUGAGAAAGCGUUAAUCCCUGAAGCUGAGUCAGAUGGCAAAUACCUUCCACCCAUGGAUCUUCCCCUGAAUAUUAGUCUCACCUUGAGGUUCCCUUAAACAGCAUGGUUGGAGGCCAUUCCCAUCGCUGCGACCACUUGGCAUAAAGCCACAAUGUGUUUCCAGUGCUGCAGUGAGAAUCAGGAAGUACUGCUUUCUGAAAACAAAAUCCUGGCAGCUUCUAUGCAGGUAGCAUAUCCUCUAACAAACUCUAAUGGCCUGGAGUAGAUCUGGUUAGCACGAACAUUUUGUCACUAUUGGAGGAAAAAAAUGCUUUUCUCUGAGUGCUCAUGAAGGAGGAUUUUCCGAUGUGCCCUGAUGUUGCAAGCCCUUGUUGCUCUCAUCCAGUGUGGCUGAACUCAACAGUGACGAGACAAUGGAUCUGCCUGCUGAGGACUUCCAACAAGUCCUCUCCAUUGACCAGAUCUGCUCCAUCCGUGCCAGCAAUGACUAUGUGGAGAGACCCGCCAUCUCCUUCAAGCAAACUCAGUCCAACCUAUCCCUCUCACAUCAGGCCCACAAGCAAGAGUGGUCUCAGGACUGCCUGGUGUCUUCCACCUUCCAGGACCUGCACCGUAGCCACAGCCACCACCACCAGAUGUCGGCCUUGCAGCAGCACCUGAGUCAUUCCAGCACUACCAGCUCUGUGUCUCACAGCACCACCACCUCGGAUCAGCGGCUGCUGAGUGGGGUCACACCCUCACAUUCUGGGCACUCCCUCAUCCGGACGCAGCCCAGAGCAGGCGACCUGAAGCCUGAGGAACCACUGAAGGGUGUGGUGGAGAAGGCCACCCUCCAUUCUGGACACCUCUUCAUCUGCGAGGAGUGUGGACGUUGCAAGUGUGCCCGCUGCACAGCUGCCCGCAGCUUGCCCUCCUGCUGGGUCUGCAACCAGCGCUGCCUCUGCUCCCCAGAGAGUCUCAUCGACUAUGGGACUUGCCUGUGCUGUGUCAAGGGUCUCUUCUAUCACUGCUCCACUGACGAUGAGGACACCUGUGCUGAUGACCCCUGCUCCUGUGGCUCGGGGUCCUGCUGCGCACGCUGGGCUGCUAUGAGCUUCCUCUCUCUCCUCAUGCCCUGCCUCUGCUGCUAUUUCCCUACGCUGGGAUGCCUCAAACUUUGCCAGCAGGGCUACGAUAGUCUGAAACGUCCGGGCUGCCGCUGCCAGAACCACACCAACACAGUCUGCAGGAAGAUCUCCUCCUCGAGUGGCACGCCUUUCCCUAAGACUCUGGAUAAGCCGGUAUGACCUUCCCAGGGAUCAGAAUUGGCUAUUCUUCUUCACCUCCCUCCGCUGCAUACCCACUUUGGGCACAAAGCAAACAGAUGAACAAUCUGCCAGUCACCAAGCCCCACAAAGGGAGUGUGAAGCACAUUCUUGAGACAAAGGAAUCGUGCUUUUGUGCCCAAGCCAAACGUGACGGGGUUUGCACAUUUUGGCAAAGGACUAGGACAGAGGGAAUCAGAUGCUGACAAUGCACUAGUGAUCAACAGGGGGUUUUCAACAUGGGAACUGGCUCAGGACUCUGUGACCUCAGAAUGCCUUAGGAGCUGUUUUUCUGUGGUGGGUUUCAAAAGGGUGACAUGUCCAAGCACUAGAAUCCUCUGGGGACCAGACCACAGAAGCCCCCCACAUCUCUUUCAUCCAUUUUCUCUCUGCAGCUUUCCUAAGUGGCACCUCCCACAGGCUUUUCCUCAGUUUUCUUUGCUAUUGUGCUAUAGGCCAGUCCCUGCAAAGGGAGAUGAGCCACUGCAAUGUACUAACAAAUGGCAGCACCUUACUCCCCUUAGCAGAGCAAGAGAGAAAGCUUUCAAUAAUUUCAAGGUAAAAAGGAAAAUAAGUGAGCCCAAAUAUCCAGUUUUUAGGGGCUCACUGGUCAGUGGAAAUAGGACAUGGAUAGAUUAAGGAUCAUGCUGGCAUGGAAAGGGUGUGAAAGGGUGAUGUGGACAGAAAGGAGUCCCACUCCCACUUUUGUACAUCAGCGGGUCUUCAGCAAGCGGAAAUCACUGUAGUAAUUGGUAUUUCAAAGUAGAUUUGGCUAAGAACAUGAAGCAGGUUAAAUCCCAGGCUGAGGCGCAAGGGGACUGGAUACCCUGAGGGAGUGGUAAAGGUCUGCUUGCAGAACCUUACAAAAUGUAAGGUGUCACUGUGACUCUAGCCCAGAUUGGUGGUGACUGACAGGUGACACCAUCUGUUUAGUGGUGACUUGGUGGUUUCAGUCCAUCCAUUGGUGGUAAGCCUCUACCACAAGUGAUACUCCUGUUGGCAGGCUCAGUGUAGAGGCCAAGAACUGGGUGGGCCAUGGAACCUGGCCUUCCUCCUUACCUCUGGAUGUCAGAGAGAGGUAUAUGAGUAGGGCAAUGUGUAGGAAGCUUGCCCUUCUGCCCUGCCCAGUAGAUCAACCGAGUCCUUCAGUCUCUGGGGCUGCCAAUCUGGUACCUUUCACCAGCACUGAAUUCACUUUAAUAAAAGAAAAGGAAAGUUGAACCUUAAAAACAAUUAAGAACCCCAACUUCUCUCCUUGUGCUGAUGCUGUAAAAAUGAUCACGUCCUUGCCUGGCCCUGAAAAUGGUGCUUAGCUGAGGCUCCAGCUUUGGGCUGGUGGGGAAAGGGAGAUCUGUGUGUUAGAAACCAGAAUGGGAUGGGAAAAGCAUGAAGCCAGCCUUCCCUCCCCAGCCAAAGCGCCUCAGUGUCCUCACUCAUCUCCUCAUGUUAUAGAGAAAGCUACACAAAAGCAGACUGGCUGCACAGCUAUGCAUCCUAUAGGCAAGCCUGAUGUUGACAUAGGUUGUCUGAGACAGGAGACACCUUCUGCAAACUAGAGAUGGGUCUGAACCAAAUCCAGAGAUCUGGAGAUCUUCAGACUAUGGGGAGGUUUGGAUCUGGGUGAUGGUUCAUGGUCAACACCUAUAAUAAGCCAAGCCAAGCCAAACCAAACCCCUGUACCUGAAUGUUCCUGGUCCUUGAGGAAGUUCAGAUCCAGAUUGUAAUAUGAAAUUUCCAGCUCACUCAUCUCUGCUGUAAAACACGGUGCCAAACUCUGUUACAAUCCCAAUGACUUAAAAAACUUGGCCUGUGGAAUGAAAGCCAGGUUGACCCUUCAGUGCUAUCUCCCACCAUCACAUCCGUCCUCGGAGGGGUGUGUGUGUGUGUGUGUGUGUGUGUGUGUGUGUGUGUGUGUGAGAGAGAGAGAGAGAGAGAGAGAGAGAAAGAAGAGAAGAAGGCAUAAUAACCUUCCUGUUCCAUUGGAGUAAAGGUUC